AUGGGAUUACUGCACGACAGAGUCACAGAAAGCUUCGAGCUGGGGAAACUGGUCGCAGAUCGCCCUUGGGAUUAUGAAGAGCUAGUUACUCACAAAAUAGACGACCAAAUAGCAGAUAACCUUGGUAUCUUACUUCGACCCGUUACUGGGUGGCAUGCCACUGAGCUCAAGUUCUUGAACCACUGGACACAGAUUCUUGCGCUGCUAGGGUCGAAAUUGGAAGAGGCUAUCGAUGCAGUAGAUGCAGAAAAUCUAACAAGAGGUUCCUUGGAGGACAUCACAGAGUGGGAUGCAAAUAGCACCGCACACAGAGAGAAUGGGGAUGAGGAUCAAGAGGAGGACGAAGGUUAA